AUGCCUUCAUCUAAACCGUCCAGUGUGCUAUACGUGGAGGAUGCGCCUCCGGAGAAAUGCAUUGAGGCAGCGCCUAGUCUUGAGCAGGUCUAUCUGGAAAGCGGGCUGAAUGAGGACGACGCGCACUUUCUGGCUAACUUUCCCGAUGAGAAGAGGAAGAAGUGCGUUCGAAAGAUCGAUUGGCGUCUCUGCCCUCUGUUGGCGUUCCUGUAUCUUGUGUGUUAUAUCGACAAAGCGAGUAUCGGAAAUGCCAAAAUCGAAGGCAUGUUGACGGACUUGGACAUGUCUGGCACGCAGUAUAACGUUGCCCUGGGCAUUUUCUUCGUCACCUACGUCCUGUUCGAGGUCCCAAGCAAUAUUCUGCUGGCCAAAUUCAAGAGACCCUCAUUCUAUCUCGCAAUCCUGACCCUCUUAUGGGGAAUCGUCGUAACCCUAACCGGAGUCGUCCAGAACUUUGCCGGCCUGUGCGCCGUCCGCGUGCUGCUUGGUAUCUUCGAAUCUGGCUUCUUCCCCGGCGCCAUCUGGAUCAUCACACAAUGGUACAUGCCCGAAGAAACGCAAAGCCGAAUCGGCCUAUUCUACACAGCCAGCGCCCUGGCCGGCGCCUUCUCCGGGCUUCUCGCAUUCGGACUCGCUAAAAUGCGCGGAAUCGGCGGAUACAACGGGUGGCGCUGGAUCUUCAUAAUCGAAGGCGCAGCCACCGUCCUCCUCGCAGCUCUCUGCUACUUCUGUCUAGCAGACACACCGGAGCUCUCAACGCGGUGGCUGGACCCGGAGGAGAUUCGAUUCCUCGCCCUCCGCAAGAAAGCCCUCCGUGGCCGCAUCGUCGUUGAUGAGAAGGCUAGCAAAUUCGACUGGAAGACGCUCUUCAACGCUCUUACCGACUGGCAUCUUUAUCUCCAGAUCUUGAAUUUCUGGUCCAACACGGUGCCGAAUUACGGGUUGAAGUUUUCCUUGCCCCAGAUUAUCAAGAAUAUGGGAUACACCUCUGCGAACGCCCAGCUCCUCUCCAUGCCGCCGUAUUUCGCGGGCGCGAUCUCGGCGUACGGGUUUGGGAUUGUAGCUGAUAAACUGCGAUGGCGCAUGCCUGUUAUUGUUAUGGGGCAGAUGUUUGUGAUUGUCGCCUUUGGGAUUCUCUUCGCCCUUGCCGAUGAUAUCCAGGAUAAUAUCCCUGCUUGUUAUUUCGCUGUCGUGCUUGCUUGUAUAGGGCUAUACCCCAUCAUCCCGGGCACGAACGCGUGGACAGCGAACAACCUCGCCGGUGCGCGGAAACAGGCGAUGGGGAUCGCGUUUAUGAUUAGUGCUGGGAACUGCGGCGGGCUUGUUGGUUCGUUUAUAUACCUUGAGCGAGAGGCGCCGAAGUAUCCCACGGGCUUUGGGAGUUCGUUUGCGUUUGCGGCGGCGGGGAUGGUGGCCAGUCUUGCUUUGGAGACGAGGUUUUGGUUUGUGAAUAGGAGGAACGGCAAGAUUAGUCGCGAGGAGGUUCAUGAGAGAUACACCCCUGAGGAGCUGCAGGUUAUGGGGGAUCGGUCGCCGCUGUUUAAGUAUAUUUUGUAA